GCCCUGGACAAUGCGUUUCAGCACUUGAAGGAAGACGAGAUUCCCGAGGCGCUGGGGACAGCUCUCUACACGUGUGUUCGCGACCCUAAGAAGGAAAGGUUUACGACGUUUGUGAAUAGACGCAGGCUCGAGUUCAUUACACUCGAGAGGUUGAAGGUUAUGCUGCCAGACACGUUCAAGAGCUACAGUACACUACGGUUCGCGAGGCUUGAUGAGAGGUCCUAUGAUAAGGUGAUUGGUUGGACCGAUGGUGGAAAUAAUUUCGAGCAGAUCGCGAAGUGCCCAGCACCCCCGCCGCCGCCUAUCGACAUGGCCACGACGGACAAGUCCGACGAGCUAGGGGCGUUCGCCAUCGAGGUGAUCGGACACGAGGAUGACGGCUGUGACGACGGCGAGGGCACGCUGCAAAUCUCGGGUUCAGAGGCGAUCGCAGGCGCGUACUACAUAGAUGCUGAGUGGCUCGACGGCGUGAUCGGAGAAGAGGACCUGCCAUGGGCAUUGUUGGACAUGCGGCCGGCGAUGAGCUACCUGGUCGAGCGCAAGCAGGUCCGGAACCAGUUGAAUGAGGCGCGAAAGGCCAGAGGUUUCUUCAAGCCGAAAGGCAAGAGUAAAGGCAAGCAUGGUCAUGGACAGGACAAGGGCAAGGGCAGCGGCAAGCAGAACCAGCGCAGGCGCAUCUCGAUCGAUCAGCUCAAGCUCAGGACGAAGUGCGCCAAGUGCAAGCAGGUUGGUCACUGGGCGCGAGCGUGCCCACAGAACGGACAUCAACAGCGACUGGCCCUUGAAGCGUUCACUAUGCAUGCAGCAGUCGGUAGCAGCCAGACGCACCAUAUCAAUAUGCCGAGGCCAGCUGAAUCUACGACCGGAGGUGCUGCGAAGUUCUUCGUCGGAGCGAUCGCCAUGUUCAUCGGCCUCGCCAUCAAUGCGCGGGGGGUUCUCGUGGACGCGGGCGUUCAGGAGGGCAUCAUCGGCGCGGAGCAGCUGAAGGGUCUAGUUCUCAAGCUGAAGGAGUUCAACUUACAGCCGCGGUGGGCGCCAGACGACGGACCCCCUCCUCGAGGCAUCGGAGGCGACGCUGAGUUCACUGGCCGCGCGGAGGUGCCAGUGGGCAUCGCAGGCGCGAGCGGCAUUCUAUCAUUCUGCGUUGUUGAUGAGGAGGUGCCCGCGCUGAUCCCAGUCGGUCUCAUCAGAGCGCUGGAGAUGGAUCUCAAGCUGCGCGGAUCUGGCGACCAA